AUGGAGGGCUUGACUAAGUGGGACUUAGGAUCACUCAGAACGUUUUACUCCGUUGAACCUAGUGAGAAGUUUCAAGAAGACGAGUAUCUAGACGGUAGCCUAGUUCUUCGUCUUGAAACCGAGUUAUGGAAGGCUCAGUCUAGAAUCAAAGAGCUUGAGACAGAAAAGUCUGGAUCCAAGGGAGAUAUUAGAUGUUUCAUCAGAGACCAAAGAAAAAGCCGGGAAGUAAACACUGAUCCACUUGAUUACUUGAAAAAGAAGUUAAGCAAAGAAAAGGAAGAAAGGAAAAGAGCUAAUGCUGAGAAUGCUAUGUUAGAGAAGAAAAUGUGGGAUAUGGAAUCAUCAGUGAAUCGGUUGAGAAGAGAAAGAGACACACUGGAGAAGGUGUGCGAGGAACUGGUGAUGAGGAUCGAUGAAUUGAAGGCAGAAACAAGAAGAAAAAGGAAUGAGGCGGAGGAGGAGAUGCAGAUGUUGGAAAUGGCUGAAAUGUGGAGGGAGGAAAGUGUUAGGGUUAAGUUGAUGGAUGCAAAACUUUCCUUGGAAGAAAAGUAUGAAGAGAUGAAUUGGUUUGCUGAUGAGUUAGAGAGGUGUUUGGUGAUGGCAAGAAAAUUAGGACCUGAGGAGAUGAAGUUGAAAAGAGUUGAUGGUUGAUCAAGACGGCAAGAUCUUUGGAGAUAAUAUAAACGGCUCUAAUCAAUUCUUGUAUUUACCGGUUAGUAGGAUAUGUUGUUUGAAGCAUCUAUGCUUAGGUUUUAAUAUCUACU